UCGUCAAAAAGUUACAAAAAUAAAUAAUACUUGUGUAUUACCAAUCCAUUUUUGAAAAUGUCAACAUUCUAAUUCUAUUGUGAAUGUAGCACAAAGAAUGCGGCAGAUAAAAUGCAGCUAUGCUUGCUACUUCGGGAAUAAAUUGUGGAUUUGGAUAGUGAGCAGUUACCGUAACCCAUUGCAUUUUGCAAUGCAUGCUUUGUUGUGGGAAGUGUCUUAUUUUUUUUAUUCCUCGAGCCGGGCUAUUCAAACCUGUACAUCUAAGUAAACAAUCAUUCGAACACUUAAUACAAAUAAAUGGAUGGCAAAUUUGCAUGCAUCGAGACUCGUCUAGUUUUUAAAUGUGGGAUCUGCAGAAUAUGGCGUCCCGACCUUACAAAAAUAUGACAGGCUGCCAUUUUUGUUUUCCUUUUGUCUGAAAUGUUUUAAUAAAACUGUCUGAGAAUGUGGGAGGCAUUGGAGCGAGGCACCAGCUAGGGGGGGGUUAGAGUUGCUCUGCAGUCAAAGUGCACCUUAUUGGAUGUUUUUAUGUGUUUGCAUUUUAGGUUCUAAAUGUCUUUUUUUGUCUGGAAAUAAACGCUGAUUUACGGAUAGAAUAAAGGACAAAAUGGCUGAACCUCGUUUUAACAAUCCCUACUUCUGGCCUCCACCCCCCACCAUGCCUGGGCAGAUGGACAAUAUUGUGUUGAUCAACAAGAUCAAGGAACAGCUGAUGGCUGAGAAGAUCAGACCACCCCACCUGCCGCCUUCCACAGUUCCCUCCCAACAGCAACUACUGGGGAAUCCUACACAGACAGAAGGUGGGCAGCAAGUCCAGAUGUCAGUUCAGAAACUGCAGCAGAUGCAACAAGGUCUCCAUGUCCACAGCUUGUCCCAGCCAGACAUUGCCCUGCACACCCGGACGGCCUCCAGCUCAGUCGCAGGACGUAUUCUUGGUGAUGUAAAUUUGAAUCUGGACGAUAAGACGGCUAUAAAAGCAAGAGGAUUGUGGGAAGACUGGCAUUUGCGUCAAAUCAUUGACCAACCCUCUAGAACGAAUCACCUAUCAGGUCUGGCACUUUCCUCUCAAACUGGCAACCAUAACACCUCCAUCACUCUGACCACACCCACCUCCAACAGCCAGAGCCGGCUAGGCGGAGCCCUCUCGCCUCAUCAUGUCCUCUCCAGCUUGGCCAGUGGCCCUUGGAUGGAGCAAAUCAAAAGUAACGGGGGCCUUGCUGGACUGCUGGGACGAGGGCGUAAGAAGAUAAAGGCCGAGAACAGUGGUGGCCCUCUGUUGGUGCCUUACCCAAUCCUCGCUUCAGGCAACGACCAAUCCUUCCACACCAUCAUCCCCAAAGAGGGCAAAUGCUACAGGUGUAAAUUGUGCCCACUGACCUUCUCCUCCAAGUCAGACAUGCAGAUCCACUCCAAGUCCCACACAGAGGCCAAGCCACACAAGUGUCCCCACUGCUCCAAAUCUUUCGCCAACACAUCCUACCUGGCUCAGCACCUCCGCAUACACCUGGGCGUCAAACCUUAUUACUGCUCCUACUGCGAGAAAUGCUUCUGCCAGCUCUCCCACCUGCAGCAGCACACCAGAAUUCACACUGGGGAUCGGCCCUAUAAAUGUGCCCAUCCAGGUUGUGAAAAAGCCUUCACCCAGCUCUCCAAUCUGCAGUCUCACCAGAGACAACACAACAAAGACAAGCCCUACAAGUGUCCAAACUGCUACCGUGCCUACUCGGACUCAGCCUCAUUGCAGAUUCACUUGUCUGUGCAUGCCAUCAAAAACGCCAAGGCCUACUGCUGCAGCAUGUGUGGCAGAGCCUACACCUCAGAGACCUACCUUAUGAAGCACAUGUCUAAACACAUGGUGGUGGAGCACCUGGUGAGCCAUCACUCUCCACAGAGGACAGAGUCUCCCAAUAUCCCCAUACGGAUCUCCCUCAUCUGAGCAAUUCACCCUGACACCCUACCCCUGACCCUCAUGGAGGAACCCCCUGUAAGGUCACCCCUCCACUUAAGCGUAAUCAAUCCUAGAUAUUGGCUUUUACUUGUUUGUUUUCCCUAUGCGGGUUCCAAAAAUGUUACAGGCUGUAUUUGUACCUUAUCAAAAGAUGCCAGACUCUUUAUUUAUUUUUUGUAUUUUGUCAUCUGUGGUUGGGGAAUGUUUUGGACAUCCAAAAAGGAUUUUACAGCACUUUCAGGCCUCAUGGUGGAGUAAAAACCUUUUUGGCCUAUGCUAAGACAAUAAAAAGCAUUGCUCCAGGCAGCUAAAAACAUUUACCCUAGGUGUUAUAAAGCAUUACAUGACCACUUUUUAUAUUGUUAUUCUCCCUUUACUCUUUGCAAAAGUAUAUUUGCAUUGGGAACUUUGUCUUCCUUUUAGUUAGGCCAAGAAGAUGAAUAGCUAAAUUAUUUAUUCAAGCAAUUUUUUGUACCACUCCUAAUGUCAAUGUUUGCAUCAUUUUGUUACUUAAAAAGAAAAUAUUCUCAAGUAAGCUUUAUCACAUUUAAGUAUGUCUUUUAGACAACAAUGCACACAAAAUACUUUCCAAUUGGAGGGUCAAUACCUAUGUUUUAUUGUUGUAUUUUUCAUCUUGUUAUUGUCCAUAGUAUUAAAAAGGAAACUGUUCAAGGCUAUCCUGAAGAGCACGAAAAUAUAUAUUUUGAAUCUGAUGCUGGUAUUUGUAGAAACUUAAAUGUUUUGGUUUGCUGAAUUGAUAAGCACUGCCAUGUAUUGAAGAAAUGAAACGGUCCAUUAUGGAACUGACAUACAGUGCAUUCGGAAAGUAUUCAGACCCCUUCUCCACAUUUUGUUACGUUACAGCCAUUUCUAAAAUUGAUUCAAUAAAAUCUACACACAAUACCCCAUAAUGACAAAGCGGGAAAAGGCUUUUAGAAAUUUUAGCAACUGUAUUACAAAUAAUAAUUAUUCAGACCCUUUGCUAUGAGACUCGAAAUUGAGCUCAGGUGCAUCCUGUUUCCAUUGAUCAUCCUUGAUGUUUCUACAACUUGGAGUACACCUGUGGUAAAUUCAAUUGAUUGGACAUGAUUUGGAAAGGCACACACCUGUCUAUAUAAAGGUCCAACAGUUGAUAGUGCAUGUCAGAGCAAAAACCAAGCCAUGAGGUCGAAGGAAUUGUCCGUAGAGCGCCGAGACAGAAUUGUGUCGGGGCACAGAUCUGGGAAAGAGUACCAAAAAAUGUCUGCAGCAUUGAAGAUCCCUAGAACACAGUGACCUCCAUUGUUAAAUGGAAGGUGUUUGGAACCACCAAGACUCUUCCUAGAGCUGGCUGCCCGGCCAAACUGAGCAAUCGGGGAUAAGGGUCUUGUUCAGGGAGGUGACCAAGAACCCGAUGGUCACUGACACAGCUCCAGACUUCCUCUGUGGAAAUGGGAGAACCUUCCAGAAUGACAACCAUCUCUGCAGCACUCCACCAAUCAGGCCUUUAUGGUAGAGUUGCCAGACAGAAGCCACUCCUCAGUAAAAGGCACAUGACAGCCCGCUUAGAGUUAGACUCAGACCAUGAGAAACAAGAUUCCUCUGGUCUAAUGAAACCAAGAUUUAACUAUUUGUCCUGAAUGCCAAGCGUCACGUAUCUAGGUAACCUACAGUGAAGCAUGGUGGUGGCAGCAUCAUGCUGUGGGGAUGUUUUUCAGUGGCACAGAUUGGGAGACUAGUCAGGAUCAAGGGAAAGAUGAACAGAGCAAAGUACAGAAACAUCCUUGAUGAAAACCUGCUGGGGGGGGGGCGAUCAAGUGAUCAUUUUUUACAUUUAUUUUGCAGCUAUGUCCUGCAGGAUAUUAUAUGCUCUUUAAUGUAUACAUAGAAAAUGAGUAAAUUCCUGUUUUGGGUGUCCACAUGAAAUAUGUGUAGAUAUCUUUAUGUAUAGAAAUACCUCCUUGUCUCUUGUAAUCCUUUUGCUCUCAUGUCUAAAUAUUAAUGAUUAACAUUUUGUUAUUUGUAAAAUGCAUUUAGGCCUUAACUUUAUUGUAAUUGUAUCAUCACAUUGUAUUUGUCCCAUAUUGAUGCUUCUCUUAUGCAUUUUGAUUUUAUAGCAUGGAAUAAUAUACUGUAAACUAUAUUAACCGUUAACCCCUUUUCUAUAGUAAAUUAUUAUAAAGGUCUGGCUAUUAUUACAACAAUAACACAAAUCCUUUGUCCUGCACUGUGGUACCAUAUACAAGGUUAUAUUGGCUGAAUUACACGCAGUCAAGACUAAGAGAGAAUGGACUUUGUAAGAAUUAGCAAAAAGUACAAUUCUAAAAAUGUUUUGGAUUAUUUUUAUUGGCCAAUAUGUUCUUACAUAAUAAUCAAAUCAAAUUUAUUUAUAUAGUCCUUCAUACAUCAGCUGAUAUCUCAAAGGGCUGUACAGAAACCCAGUCUAAAACCCCAAACAGCAAGCAAUGCAGGUGUAGAAGCAUGUAUAAAUUAUGUAAUGUAUAAUUUUAUGUAUAAAUUAAACUUCAAAACCUGUAGAGGCGCUUAUUAUCAA